UGGUGGAGGAUCAAGGAGGUGUCAGUUUUUGUUCUUUUCUGUCUUUCCCCUUUUACUUUGACUAUGAAUUGACCAUGAAAGCUUCGGAGAGUUGCUAACAUCGAUCUUUGGGUUACGUACCGCAACUUCCCUUCCCUCUGUAAACAGCGGGGGAGUGAGAGAGAAUUGAAAUGGCGACGGCGUCAGCGAACACCGGUGCGGUGGGGUUGGAUGGUGGCAAUAAUGACCAUACCGUCUUUGUCUAUGGUAGCCUCUUAGCUGACGACGUCGUUCAAGUACUCCUCAACCGUAUCCCUCAAACCUCCCCCGCGAUCCUUAACGGCUAUCAUAGAUUUAGCAUCAAAGGGCGCGUUUAUCCUGCAAUUAUACCUGUAGAAAACAAGAAAAUUACAGGGAGGGUUCUCUCUGGGCUUUCUGCUUCAGAAUUAUAUAUCUUGGACACAUAUGAAGAUGAAGAGUAUGACAAGAGGACUGUUGAUGUUUCUUUGCUGGAUACGUCUGAAGUGUUACAGGCUUAUGUGUACAUUUGGGCCAACAGCAGUGAUCCUGAUUUAUAUGGAGAAUGGGAUUUUGAGGAGUGGAAAGAGUCGAAGCUGGAAGAUUAUUUGAAAAUGACAAAGAGCUUUGUUGAAGAACUGGAGGACACUGCAUCUUCCUUGCCUUGAUUGCAAUGAUACUAUGCAAAAUUGUGUAUGAUGUUUUAAUCCUAAGCAUCUAAAAGUUGAUACAUAGUUCCCUUGAAUCACUACUUUGAUGCUAACUUUUCACACUAUACUUUUUCCAUACAUAGAUACAAGCUUUACAAUAUAAAAUCUCCACAUUGAAACCUUA